GUCCGACAACAUGACAACCAACCAAAACACCACAGAAGAAGAAGUUAACGACUGCUGCACUCUGUUUGAAGCUCACUGAUGGAAACACAAUUCAUCUGAAAGUAGUCAAAACCUUCAAAUAUCGUCAUCGGAGGAGGUGGGAUCCAAGUGGACUGAACACAGGGAGACAUUAACACCAGGCUCCUUCAUGGCUGCUCCUACACUGCAACAGCCCAGUUUCCUUCUGGCCAACCUUAAAGCUGAUUCAACCACCAAACCUCUCCUCCAACGAUGCCAAGACCUGGUGAAGAUUAUUGAUGACUAUCCUGCAAAGGAGCUGCACCUGAUCUUCCCCUGGCUGGUGGAGAGUGUGUUUGGCAGUCUGGACGGCAUCAUCGCAGGCUGGAACCUGCGUCUGCUGCAUUCACGGAGCCAUGAGUACAACAUAGCGAUGGAGUUUCUAAACCCUGGCGGGCCGAUGAUGAAGCUUGUGUACAAACUCCAGGCUGAAGAUUACAAAUAUGAAAUACCCGUCAAUUAUCUCCCGGGUCCGGUGAAGGCCUGCAUCCAGGAGGGCGUCCUCCCUGACUGUCCUCUGUUCCACAACAAGCUGCAGUUCCCCCUGUCCGGUCUGCUGACCCUGAACCUCGCUCUCAAUCCGUUUGAAUUCUUCAUGUUUAACUUUGCCUACUGUCUCAUCAUACCAAAGAUCCAUCCUCAAGGCCAUCAUGGGAGCUCCACUGACAGCGCCUACUUUGUGUUAGUAGACGCCUACCUCAAAUACUUCCUCCCCAGUGAGGGAAGUGUUCCCCCGUCCCCCUUCUCUGACUCCAGAGGUUCUGUCACUGCUCCAUCACCAAGCAGAGCCUCCAGUGUUUCGUUUGCUGGUUAUGGCGUCCACAGUCCCAGCCUCCUCAAACAUCACAUCUUCCAUCAACCAUCAGUGAACGCAGACCCCUCAGCCCAGGAAAUCUGGAGGACUGAAACACUCUUACAGAUGUUUGUGGAGAUCUGGCUCCAUCACUACUCCCUGGACAUGUAUCAGAAGCUGCAGUCCCCGCAAGUGAAGCUGGCGCUGCUGCAGUACCGCCUCAGUAUGUCCAGCAUGCCGUGCCAACCCCACGCCCCACCAGGCUCUGGGACCCUCCACACCUACCAAGAACCCUUCAGCCCGUCAGAAGAGCAUGUCCUGGUGGUGCGCCUGCUGGUGAAACACCUGCACGCUUUCUCCAACAGCCUGAAGCCGGAGCAGCUUUCCCCUUCGCCCUCGGCACACUCGCACACUCACCCCAGCCCGCUGGAGGAGUUCAAGAGAGUGGUGGUGCAGCGUUUUGUUCAGCAGAAACUUUACUUGUUUCUGCAGCACUGCUUCGGACACUGGCCUCUUGACGCUUCUUUCAGAGCGGUGUUGGAGACGUGGCUGAGCUAUAUCCAGCCAUGGAGGUACACCGGGGAGAAGAUCAAUCCUCAGGCCGACCAAACCAGAACACUGCCUGACAAAUGGGAGUCGUUUGUUCAGGAGAACCUGCUCAUGUACACAAAGCUCUUCCAGGUGUUUCUGAACAGAACCGUAAGGACGGAUCUGGUUAACGCCAAAAAUGCUCUGAUGGUCUUCAGGGUGGCCAAAGUGUUUGCUCAGCCAAACCUGGCCGAUAUGAUCCAGAAAGGAGAGCAGCUGUUCCUGGAACCAGAGCACGUCCUCCACCAUCGACAACCACGCGGCUACCUGACGCCGAGUCAAGGAGGCAGCUUCCUGUCGUCACGGCAGCGAGUGAUGACGGAUGUGGUGUUCAGAGUGAAGAGUCAUGUUUAUGCUUUGGAGGGUCAGGACUGUCAGUACAAACAGAUGUUUGGCUCUGAGCUCAGAGGAGCUGUCAUGAAGUUGAUACAAAUAAUCGCACAGGCCAGACAGACUGCCAAGAGGAUAUCAGAUCACUCCAAUGAGGUGGCGGCCAACAACUCGUUCCUGUCCUGGUUCGGGAUUGGCUCUCCGGAUCUGAACAAUACCUUCGCCGGAGCCGAGCCCGAGGAGAGCGGAGAGUGUCUGAAAAAGACCCACGAGUUCCUUGACAGAGCUUUGGAGAACUUGUGUCAGAUCUUCAAGCUGAACCAGGGGCAGCUGACUCAGCUUAUAGCCAACCUGGGUUCUUCUCAGGACGAUGGAAACUCCAAACAGCUUCCAGACUGCAUCCAGGGAGAGAACGGACUCAUUCUGACCGACCUGGGCCGGAGGCAGAUCCUGAACGGACAGCGCAGGUUUGAGAUUCAUUAUCAAGGAGACCCUGAGCUCCAACCCAUCAGGAGCUACGAGAGCGCCCUGCUGGUCAGGCUCUUCUACGGGAUCUCUUCUCUGGUUAAUGAGAGGUUUGGAGGACACAUGAAUGCACUCUGCUCACGUCCAGACUUCCUGGGUCGUCUGGGACGUCACUACCUGUCGGAUCAAGAUUCUGCAUCAAAAUCGAGGCAUAGCCCGGUGUCACGGCAGGGGUUGGAUAGAAACCGGCAUCCGAGGCUGAGCCUGCGCCCGCUGGCCAGCUACAGGACGAUCGUGCUGCUGCUGGUCUUCUACGUGUUCGGAGCUGUCCUGUCGUUUGGUCCUGUGUCUAGCACUCUGCUCAUCCUCGCGGGAGGAUUCCUCUAUGGACUCUUUAUGACGCUGUUUGGAGACAAACUUAAGACACACUAGCGGAGCACAGGGUUCCUACAUGUCCGGAGUGAUACACAAAAUAACUUUCAUUAAUUCUGAGUGCUUACAAAAAUAGUUUUUAGUCUUGAGAGCUGCAGCUACUCUUUUUUUUGUAGUUUUAUUAACUUUUCGAGGACUUUCUUGCCUAAAAUCCCAAAGUGACGUUACCGAAUGUCUUAAGUACCAGAAAUUCCAAGUAUUAAAACCUUACACUGAUGAAAAACAGCACAUGUCUAUCGAUCAGAAACUUGAACAAGAAAAGUUUGGAUUUUUUACUUAAAAUGAUUCAAAAUGUUUUGAAACUGUUUACAUUUUGAUCCAUGUAUAAAAGUCUUUAUGAGCUUUUUAGUCAUAAAGUAUAGUAUUGUGUAAGUGGAGUAUAUUUGCAUACAAACUGGUACAUUCAGUACUUUAUAAAGGGACGGCAGCGUUUUGAAGCUGGACAUGUGGGAGCCCUGGCAGCAGUAGUCUGGCAGCUUUUCUUGUUAUUCCCGCUCUGACAGCUUUACUGUGUAAAAUGUGGUCCAUGUCAUGUUGUAAAUAAAGACAGCCUGCUGUCGCUCCGUCACUUAGCUUUUUUUUUCUUUUCAUUGAAAUGCAGCGAACAUGUUAAACAUGCCAGAUGGAAUAAACUGACUAUUUUUCUCAGA